AUGCGUUAUGAGAUGUUGAAGUACAUUCAUGGGGGUCAUCUCACCUACGAAAAAUGUAUACAUCAUGCAAGAGACUACGUAUUCUGGCCGAAACUGAACAAGGAUCUACAGAAUUUAAUCCAAAAAUGUGCAUCUUGUCAAGUUCAUCAGCGUAGCAACAAUAACCACCCCAUAGAAUCCAAAGUGGUAUCUAAAUUUCCAUUUGAAAUUGUUGCUACCGACUUUUUCCAUUUCUUUCUAGAAGAAGAUUCAAGAUUCAUCACAUUUGAAAAACUAAAGGAAACAACAACAAGCAAUGUCGUUAAUUUUUUGAAAAACAUUUUUGCUUACCAUGGAAUCCCGAAAGUGUUGGAAUCCGAUAAUGGUCUACAAUUUCCAUCUGUUGGAUUCAAAAAUUUUGCAAAGCUAUGGCAAUUCGACCACCGUACCGGUUCACUUCAUCAUCCAAGAGGAAAUGACUUGACAGAAAGAGCUGUACAAACCACUAAACAACUAUUGAAGAAGUGUUACUACGACAAUACCGAUUAUCACCUGUCUAUCCUUAAUUUCAUGAAUACACCUAGAUGA